GUCAUUUCCGUAAACACUUUAAGCGGAAGACAACUGUCAAAAGCAGAAAACCAGUUAUGAUCGAUAUCGUGAUUUUACUUAGACUGGGUACAUAAAUGAGCAAGGAAAGCAAUCUAUGAAUUGUAGAAAUCAAGCUUUUGCUUAUGGUUGAAGCCAUCACGAUUCAACAUACAAUCUUAGAAUAUUAGGCAGAUCUCAUUUCACAUUUGACAGUUCAGUACAUGUGUAUACAGCAUGUAGCCUGUAGGACAUUUGUGGAUUCACUGCGUCUUAAUCAUGCUAAUGUGAAUCAACCGACGCUGAACUGAACUGGACUGAACUAUAUUUUCAGUGAUGCACUCGUAUUUUUGUCUUUGUAGGACAUGACUUUGGUCUAAUGUCUCAUAAUUUAGUUGGAUGUGUUGGCUACUGAGUUUACAGAUUUCAUGGAAAGCAAGCAUCAAUGAAGUGUUUUCUCGAUCCAGUAUUGAUGUUUUAACUGUCACUCUAUACAUGGGAACAAAUUAUUCCUUGGCAUAAUGCAGAAUGACUCAUCUCGGGCUCCUUUAGCAUCCUUUGAUACAGUUGACCUUGGAGAAGAAGAACGGUCCUUCAGAGAUGUUUUAGAGACUGCUAGAACUUCAAAAACAAAUAAUCAGCAUGAAAUUGAUCAAUCCAUCAAAAACCCACUGGAUGAAAAUGUGUUUGAUGAAUGUGAUUCAAAGCUUCGGAAGAAAAUUGGAAAGUUUUUAAGUGUCAAAACGUACAAGAAAAUAUCAGAAACAAAGGAAGAAGAGAAGAAUCAUGAAGGUGAGAAAGAUAUUGUUUCAAAAUCAUAUGAUGUCACAAAAUGUAACAGUUCCGAUUCAAGUUCUGAAAGUUCGGAUUCUGAUAGUGGAUAUUUGCGUUCUGGGUAUGUGAAAGUAGAAAGCAGACAAUCAGGUGAUUCAAAUUCUGGAAUUCACGUUGAAACUUCUUACUUCAAGCAUAUAUCUGAUUCUAUCCACUCUAAUGAUAGUUCUUGUGAACCGACUCCAACAUCUUCCCCCAUAUUACCAAGAGUGUCUAUCUCAACACUGUUAGGUGAACUACAAAAUGAAAAAAUCCAGUCCAAGAGGAAAGCAUUAGAGAAAAAAAUUCAAAGGUUGCAGGUAACAAAUACACCUGUGGAAAGGCCCCGUAGUACUACUCCAAUAAAUAUUCACACUCUUGAUGAAUAUGUGAAGGAAUUUGAUUCUCCAGAGAAAAAAUCAAGUUCAGAAAGUGCUGAAAAAUUACAGAUAAAACUUCCUGGUGAGGAAUUCAUUCAUAAGCAUAAAAGUCCCAGGAGAUUGAAAUCUAGUCAGGAGAUUUUAAGUGUGUUUAACUUUAAUGAGGAUCAUUUAUUUUCAAGAACAAAGUCUGCUGUUGUUGUGCAUGAUGAUGGGGUAAGUCCUACUCCUUCACCCAGGAGGGUGCUUCUUCCUCCUUCCCAGACCCCUACAUCAAGUCCUGUACUGACAAGAGGCAAUGUUCAAAUAAGUACAAACUUUUCUCCCACCGUGAACAUUACUAGUGAAAAUAAUUCUUCGGAGGCAUUGGACUGGGUGGCAUUUGAUCAAAGCAAAUCAUCAGAACUAAAUGACAGUUGGUUUAACCAAGGCUUAAUUAAUACUCAGCUAGUUGGAGAUCAAGCUGCAAUUUCUAACUCUGCUUCAUUUAGUGCUUUAUUUGGAGAGAAACGUUAUAAUGAAGAAGAGGAUGUGUUAACUGUGAAUAUUGAAGAAGUUGAUGGAAGGAAAGUGGUGGAUAUCAAGUGUCAGCAGCAGACAAAUGAGCACAAAGACAGAGACCACAUUGAUGAUAAUUGCCAAAGUACCACUGAACCAAAGAUAGCUCGAGAGACCACUGGUCUGCCAGAUGCAAACUCUAAACAGGAGGGUCACAGUUUUGACUUGAUCGAGGAGAUAGAAUUGGAAAUGAAGAAAAGGCAACAGUCUGCUCCCCAUCCUGUGGAAGGAACCAACUCUCCCAACAUGCCCGCAUCAUAGCCCAAAGUUUCUGAUAGUAUCUAGUUUAUUGUUGUUAAGGUAAGUACCGGUACUCUGGUUAUAUAAAAUGGAGGUUUAUACUAUAUCUGUAUGGUGUGAAUUAAAUCUACCUGAUCAGCUUAUAAUGGUACUAAUACAUGUACAGUACAUUUAUUACUGGAUACGCACCUUUUCAAAGAGGGGCAUUUUGCUUUGCACCCGUGUCGGCCGGUAUGUCUGCCUGUCGGUAUGUUGGUAAGACUACAUGUCCGCUCAAUAUCUUGAAAACCAUUCACUUCUGAGUAGAAGAAGACCUCUAUUGAUUUCCAGUUCAAAAGGAUAAAGGUCAAGGAUCAAACUGGACAUAGGAAGAUACUUUCCACUCGAUAUCUUGAAAACCCUUUGCUUGACCAUGUUGACAGACAUCAAACUUGAUACACUGGUACAUUGUAAGGAGUAGAUGACCUCUAUUGAUUUUGAGGUCACAUGGUCAUAUUUCAAGGAUUAAACUGUACAUAGUAAUAUAUCGUCUCCUAUUUUUAAUAGAAUCAUUUGCUUAAUUGACACCAAACUUUAUACAUCCUUAGGAGUAGAUUUUAGGUCACAUGCAAUAUGGUCAAAUAUCAGUCCACUCUGGACAUAGGAAGAUAUUAUUUGCUCAAUAUCUUGAAUUCUUUUGGCACUGCUAUCAAUUAAAUGAUGCAUGUGUAUCUAACCCAUUUCAAAUUUGCACCACAACAUUAUUUAUGCUACAUGUGCAAGUUGUCGGAUAAUCUUUUUUGUUGCUAAAAAAUAUUUACCCUGGAUAUGACACAUGUUUCUUAGCCAAUCAUGUUCAAGCAUUUGAUAUGAAAUUUCAAUGAAUAAUAUGUUAUUCUUGAUUUGUUAACUUGAUAGUAUAUGUGUUGUGUCAAACAUAGACCAAACUAAUUAAGGUUAUUAUAGUAAGACUGAUGGUGACAGUUUGAGUAAUUUGGAGUUUGACAAAACAUCAAUGAUGCCCAAAUACCCUAUAAUGAACAAAAAUUUAUGUUUGUUACAUACUGUUUAUUGAUUGGUAUCAUUAACAGCAAUGCAGAGUGGUAUAAAUUUCAUCUAGAAAAGACAGAACAAGCAUUUGAGCUUCCCUGGAAUACAUGUAAUAUGUAAACUCAAGUUUGCUCAAGGACAAUUAAAGUUUUACAUAGGAAUAUUUACAUGCCACUGUAUAUUCCCCAUUCCAAUUCUGUGCUUUAUUCUACAGGAAAACUGAGAAUAUUCUUGUCCCCACUCUCCAUCAGAAAAAUCGGGACUUUAACAGUCUGCACUUCAGACAAAGCUAAUCUGGUAUUAAAAAUCAAGGACUUUAACAGUCUGCACUGUAGACAAAGUUAAUCUGGUAUUGAGUAGGUUAAAUCAGCUGUUCCAGUUCUGUCUUUUUCACAAACAUUAAAGGUGAAGAUAACGAACUGUAAUCAAUCUCAUAACUCCUACAAACAAUACAAAAUAAAGAGUUAGGCAAACACGGACCCUUGGAUAUACCAGAGGUGGGAUCAGGUGCCUAUAGGAGGAGUAAGCAUCUACUGUUGACAUGUACAGAGUAAGCAGUAUAUUUCAAAGUAUUAAUGGUUAAGCAUUUUAUGGAGAAAAAAUGUAAUAUAAACCCUAAAUGAUUUUAUUUGGACAUCUCUUGUGCAAAUAACAUGAAACGUUCAUGUUAAGAUGUUACUCAUUUGUUACGUCCAGCAUUGAUUGUUUGCUUGUAAACACGUCAUGUAAAGUCAACACUCUAAAUGGUUAAAGUAUACGUGUAUGUAUAUUGUACAAACAGCAUAAUGUUAUGUAUGUACAUUCAUUUUUGUGUUGAUGUAAAUAUGUUGUAUUAAUUGCUUUGUUUCAAUAAUCUCCAAAAGGAGAAAAUCAAAAA